GACUCUAGCCACAUCCUGGUCUUGCCAUGGCGCUGCCCUGGGCCCUUGCAGUCUUGAGCCUUCUUCCCCUGCUGGACGCCCAGAGCCCGGCGUGUCCCAAUUUCUCGGUGCCCAUCACCAAUGCCUCCCUGGACCAGAUCUCUGGCAAGUGGUUUUAUAUCGCCUCGGCUUACCGCUUCCCGGAGUACAAGAAGGAAGCUAGCGAACUCCAUACAGUCUUCUUUUACUUCACCCCCAACCACACGGAGGACACGAUACUGCUCAGACAGUACAUGACCAUAGGUGAUCAGUGCAUCUAUAACUCCACCAUCCUGAAGAUCCAACGGGAAAAUGCGACCCUGUCCAAAUACAAGAAUGACACAGAACAUUUUCGCCACCUGCUGCUUCCCAAGGACCCCAAGACCUUCAUGCUUGCCACUUUCCCAGAAGACAAGCAGAACAUGGGGCUGUCCAUCUUUGCUGACAAGCCAGAGGUGACCCCGGAGCAAAUGCAACAGUUCACGUGCAUGGGCAUGGACAAGUCGGAAGUCAUGUACACGGAUGAGAAAAAGAAUCUAUGCCUGCCACUGGAGAAGCAGCACGACGAGGAAAGGAAGAAGGAAAAGGAGAGGUCUGAGACAGGCCCAGCACUGGAUUAGGAGCUCAGUGACUAUGGGGGCCCAUCAUGAGACCCCCACCCACCCUGUGUUCCUCAGUUGUUUUCCUCCGUUGCAUCAAUAAAGUUUCUACAUUUGGAAUAGG